CCCAAACUUCCCCACACCCUCUCUCAUCUGCCCCCUCCCUCUCUCUCUCCCUCUCUCCCCGGACCCCCCACUCUCCCCCUGCUGGGAAACAUGCUGGACUUGACCCGAGACCACCUGCCCAUACACCUCACCACACUGGCCCGUCGCUAUGGAAACAUCUACCGCCUCUACUGCGGCAGCACCACCAUGGUGAUUCUAAACAGCAGUGAGGUCAUUCGUGAGGCCCUGGUCAAAAAGUGGUCAGACUUCGCAGGAAGACCACCUUCAUACACGGGUGGCAAGGUCUCAGGUGGUGGGUGGAGCAUCUCUCUGGGUGAUUACAGUAAAGGAUGGAAGGCCCAUCGACGGAUUGUCCAUAGUGCUUUGCAUCGCUGCACUGCUGAUUCCCUGCAUUCUGUUAUAGAAAAACAAGCUCUGCACCUCAAACAGGUGCUGCUGGACUACAGGGAGAGGCCUGUGGAUCUGUCUGAGGACUUUACUGUAGCAGCCAGUAACGUCAUCACUACUCUGGCAUUCGGGAAAUCAUAUGAGAAAAGUUCCGCAGAGCUGCAGAACCUGCAUGGCUGUCUGAAUGAGAUCGUUUCUCUGUGGGGUUCUCCGUGGAUCUCAGUGCUGGACUCCUUCCCUCUGCUCAGAAGGUUGCCAAAUCCUCCCUUUUCACGUCUUAUGAAAGAGGUAGCUAGACGGGACGAGCUAAUUAGAGACCAUCUGGAUGAGGUUAAGAAAGGUGGUGGUAAGGAAGGCGGGACCCUCACAGCCUCACUUCUACAGCAUCUCGAGGAAACAUCAGAGGAAACAGCACAGAAGAUAACUCUGACUGACACUCAGAUGCACAUGACCACAGUGGACCUGCUGAUAGGAGGAACCGAGACCACCGCAGCCUGGCUCAGCUGGACCGUGGCCUUCCUCUUACACAGACCAGAGGUUCAGACUGCAGUCUAUGAGGAGCUGUUCAGUGUGUUAAAGGGACAGUAUCCUCAGUACAGUGACAGACACAGGCUGCCGUAUCUCUGUGCCCUGAUUAAUGAGAUGCUGAGACUGAGGCCCGUCGCUCCACUCGCCGUCCCACACAAAGCCAAACGAAACAGCAGCAUUGCAGGAUAUUUCAUCCCCGAGAACACGGUCGUCAUCCCCAAUUUAUUCGGGGCCCAUCACGACCCGGAGGUGUGGACUGACCCGUACAGCUUCAGGCCGGAGCGCUUUUUGGAGGGCGGUGGGGGUUCCCUGCGGGCGCUGAUGCCGUUCGGAGGGGGCGCUCGGCUGUGCCUCGGAGAAACCAUAGCCAAAGUGGAGCUGUUCCUCUUCACGGCGUACCUGCUGCGAGACUUCCAGUUCCUCCCUGAAAGCCCAGAGGAGCUUCCUGACCUGAGGGGCGUGGCCACGGUGGUCCUGAAGACCAAACCAUACAGAGUCAUCGUCCGGCCCAGAGCACAAUAAACAGCACCUAUUAACCUACACUCUUACCAAGCAC